AUGUCAGAUUUCCCACUACAUCAAGCAUGCAUAAACAACGACUUGCAUAUGGUGCAAGAACUAAUUGAAAAUUCAGAAAACAUCAAGAGGGAUUUAACAGAAAAAGAUAUCGAUGGAAGAACCCCAUUACACUGGGCUACUUCAUUUCAGUACUCUGAAAUUAUCCAGCUUCUUUUAAAUAACAUGAAAGCAAUUGAUUUAGAUAAUUUGAAGGAUGAUGCUGGGUGGACAGUAUUCCAUAUCGCGUGUUCCAUUGGCAAUUUGAGCAUCGUGGAAGCCUUAUAUAACAGAGACAUCAAACCUGAUUUGAACCUAGCAACGAGUCAAGGAGUCACUCCAUUACAUUUGGCUGUAGCAAAAAAAUAUAAUGACGUAGUGAAAUUUUUAAUCGACAAUGGUGCUAGUGUAAGAAUCAAAGAUAAGAAGGGACAGAUUGCUUUACAUAGAGCUGCCGCUGUAGGUUCAAUGAAAUUGGUAGAAACACUCUGUCAGAAAAAUAGUCCCAUCAAUUGGGCAGAUUCUAACGGAUGGACGCCACUUUUCCACGCCUUAGCUGAGGGACAUGCCGAUAUUGCGGUAGGAUUAGUAAACCAAAUGGGAGCAGAUGCUACUAUUGAAGAUAGUAAUGGAUUAAAGGCGGUUGAUGUCUCUGUGAAUGAUAAUGUCAAACAAUAUUUCUUAAAGAAUAUAUAG